GAUUAUGGAGUUUCUGAGCGAGAAGUUUGCUCUUAAGAGUCCGCCAAGUAAAACCAGUGACUUUUACAUGGGCGCAGGAGGCGCGUUGGAGCACGUUAUGGAGACGCUGGACAAUGAGUCCUUUUACGGCAAAGCGUCGGCCGGCAAAUGCGUGCAGGCCUUCGGGCCCCUGCCGCGAGCGGAGCAUCACGUGCGGCUGGAGAGGACCUCGCCCUGUCAGGACAACAGUGUGAACUAUGGGAUAACCAAAGUAGAGGGACAGCCUCUUCACACCGAACUGAAUAGAGCCAUGGACAACUGCAACAGUCUCCGGAUGUCUCCCGUGAAAGGGAUGCCAGAGAAAGGAGAACUGGAUGAACUUGGGGAUAAAUGUGACAGCAAUGUAUCCAGCAGUAAGAAGAGAAGACACCGAACAACCUUCACCAGCCUGCAGCUGGAAGAGCUGGAGAAGGUCUUUCAGAAAACCCACUACCCGGAUGUGUAUGUCAGGGAACAACUGGCACUGCGCACGGAACUCACUGAGGCCAGGGUGCAGGUUUGGUUUCAAAAUCGAAGGGCCAAGUGGAGGAAAAGGGAACGUUAUGGUCAAAUACAGCAAGCUAAAAGCCAUUUUGCUGCCACCUAUGAUAUCUCAGUUUUACCAAGAACUGACAGCUACCCACAGAUUCAGAACAACUUGUGGGCAGGAAAUGCAAGUGGUGGUUCUGUGGUUACGUCAUGUAUGUUACCACGUGACACUUCCUCCUGCAUGACGCCUUACUCUCACUCUCCUCGGACAGAUUCCAGUUACACAGGGUUUUCAAACCACCAGAAUCAGUUCAGCCACAUGCCCCUCAACAAUUUCUUCACUGACUCUCUUCUUACUGGGGCUACCAAUGGACACGCGUUUGAAACAAAGCCAGAGUUCGAAAGGAGGUCUUCUAGUAUCGCAGUUCUUCGAAUGAAAGCCAAAGAGCAUACUGCCAAUAUUUCAUGGGCCAUGUAACAUACAGUACUCUUUUAUUUUAUUUUUUUCCAUAGCAAAGUAAAUCGUUCUUAUUUCUCAUAUUUAAAGGAUACCACAAUAAGCUGCUGUGUGUGGAUUUGCUAAAGGUCAGGAUAUACAGUGAGACCCGCUUAUAUGAAUAGUUGUUAUUAUUUAACGUUAAAAUCUAAGAGUGAACCUCUAAAGAGACUAAAUAGGUUUACCAUGCACCGGGUUCCAGAAACUCUGUUUUAGUAGUAUGACUUUUUCCUCCCCUAUUGUACAAGUCAAAUGAAAUAUGGUCUUGCAACUUCUUAAAAGAAUAAAUGUAUUAAACAAA